AUUCACAACUCUCACACACUUUCUGAGAUGGCGAGCAUAGCAGAGCAUUAUGUUCAGAACCUCACUCAAGUUCCUCAGGAGUUUCUUGUUCUUCAAGGCAAAGAUAGGCCCUUGUUUGAGCAUGGUGUGUUUGAGGAGCUGCCCUUAGUUGACAUGAGUGAGCCUCCUGAGCAAAUAAACCAGAAAAUUUCUGCUGCUUGUCAGGAAUGGUUGUCAGGAAUGGGGAUUCUUCCAGGUGGUGAAUCAUGGUAUUCCUCUAGAUGCGGUGGAGAAUGCAAGGAAAGCAGCAAGAGGCUUCUUUGAGCUUCCAGUAGAGGAAAAAAUGAAAUGGGCUCGAGAUGAAGGGAAAACAGAUCAGAUUGCUGGUUAUGGACGUACAGAGGGCUUCAGAGGGCAGCAUACUGAUUGGAUGGAUUCGCUCUAUGCCUUCCUUGCUCCUCAUUCACUCAAAGCUCCCCAUCUGUGGCCCUCAACGCCCACAGAGUAUAGAGAAACAAUAGAAGAGCUUGGAAAAGAAUCUAACAAGCUUAUGAUGCAUUUGCUGAGUAUAAUAUCUGAAGAUUUGGGGAUGCCAACUGAGGGUCUGGGCAAGGAAUUUGCAGGCUACAAUCUUUUCUACAGGGCGAAUUAUUAUCCGCCAUGCCCACAUCCAGAUAAGGUGCUGGGAACUCAUGCACAAACAGACCAUGGUGCAAUUACUAUUCUUGUUCAAGAUAAUGUGUGUGAUGGCUUACAAGUUGAGAAAAAAAGUAGGGGUUGGAUCUCUGUUGCUCCUCUUCCUGGAGCUCUUGUUAUCAAUCUGGGCGAGUCCCUUGUGGUGAGUGUGACUUAA